GCCAAACUUGCAAAUCCAUGAGAGGGGGAGAGCAAGCAUUACAUCCUGAAUCAUUCAAUCUUUGGGGGAGACAACAAAGAGAGACACGAGCAAUCAGACCACAGUGUUCAGUCAGAAGCUCCAAUGUCUGCUUCCCCAGAAUUCAAUUUUUUUAAGAAAAAAAUGAACAGUGCAAUGUUCAAUCAGAAGAUACAAUGUAAGAAGGCGAAUCCAGUUGAAAUAAACGGGAAUUGGAGAACUAUAGUUCAUUAGCUACUGUAAUAGAGCAGGCAUAGAUUGCACUUCAUUCAAGAACGGAGCCUCAUUUAAUGGAAAAAGCUAAAGGGAUGCAAUUGGCUAAACUUGGGAAGGAGUAACCAACCAUGGGCACCGAAGGAAAGUUCCUUUGCUUCUUUUCAAAUGGUGCCAAUGAGAGAGACUACUCAGACUAGGUCUGAAAAUGCUACUCAGCUCCCCCGCCAACAUGUUAAUACGCCGAAGAUUGCAUUUCUAUAACCAAUCAUCCUCUCCGAGUUUCAGUACAUUGGCGUCUAAGUUUCAAGAUCGCCAUAACUUCGAUCUUACAGCAAACCAAAGCAGUCCCCCCUAUAGGGUUGGAACGAGUGCGGCUUCACCCGGAACACAUGCUUCUUUUUGGCCUUUACUUUCGGGCAAGUACGGAUUUUUAGUUGAUAAAUACCGCUUCGUGAGCCCUGGAAAUGACGCAAAACAUCUCCAUUUGGAAAUGGUUAAGACCGGGUAUGCUCAAGAAACGUUCUUGUGCAAUUACCUUAUUCAUUUGUAUGUGAAAAAUGGCGAUAUGGGUGAUGCACGUGACGUGUUUGAUGAGAUGCUUGACUGGAAUCUGAUUAGCUGGUCUAGUUUGAUCACAGGGUAUGCUCAGAAUGACAUGCCCGGUGAGGCGUGUGAGUGUUUUCGAAGGAUGGUGAGAUCGGGAUAUGUUCCUAACCAUUAUUCUUUUGGUAGUGCAUUAAGGGCUUGCCAGUCUUUAGGAGCUUGUGGUCUAAGGUUGGGUAUGCAAAUUCAUGCCUUGGCUUUGAAGACGCCCUAUUCAUUUGAUGUGGUUGUCUCCAAUGUCUUAAUUUCUAUGUACAGGCUCUGUGGCGAUCCUGGUAACUAUGCUUGGCUUGUAUUUUGUGGCAUAGAAGCUAAAAAUUUAGUGUCUUGGAAUUCUAUCAUUUCCUUCUAUGCUCAAAGAGGAGAUUAUGCUCAUGCUUUCAAGCUUUUCUCCCGCAUGCAAACUGAGGGUACUGGGAAGGAUUGAAAAAUCUGGGUUUUCCAAAGAUCUGUUUGUAAGCAGUGCUUUGGUAUGUGGUUUUGGAAGGCUAGGCUGUCUUGAUGAUGCAUUGAAGCUUUUCAAACAGAUGAGUGUGAGAAAUGCAGUGUCCAUGAACGGCCUGAUGGUUGGACUCAUUCGCCUAAAGCGAGGAGAAGAUGCAGCUAAAGUUUUUGUUGAGGAAAACAAAAAGGUAAAGAGGUACAUGCACAUGCUCUCCGAACUGGCUUGUAUGAUUCCAAGGUUUCUGUUGGGAAUGGUCUGAUUAAUAUGUACGCUAAAUGUGGUUCAGUUAAAGAGGCUCGUUCUGUUUUCAAUCUCAUGGUUGACAAGGACUUAACGUCUUGGAAUUCUUUGAUCUCUGCUCUGGACCGAAGUAAGUGUUUUGAGGAUGCAGUGUGUGGUUUCAGAACAAUGAAGAGUAUCGGUAUGAUGCCUUCCAACUUCAAUUUGAUAAGUGCCUUGAGUUCAUGUGGAAGCCUGGGUUGGGUCAUGAUGGGAAGCGAAAUACAUUGUGAAGCAAUUAAAUUGGGACUUGACUUGGAUGUGUCAGUAUCUAAUGCUCUCCUUGCACUGUAUUCUGAUGUUGGCUUUAUCCAUGAUUGCAAGAAAGUAUUCUCUUUUAUGCCUGACCAUGAUAUUGUUUCUUGGAAUUCUAUAAUCGGUACAUUCGAUGAUUCUGAAGCGUCUGUUUUCGAAUCUAUAAAAUAUUUCAUAGAAAUGAUGCGUGCUGGGGGGAAUCCUAACCAAAUAACUUUCAUAAAUGUCCUUUCUGCAAUAUCGUCCCUUUCACUUAUUGGCCUUGCUCGUCAAAUUCAUGCUUUGGCUCUAAAACACAGUGCGGCCAAUGAUGUAUCCAUUGAAAAUGCAUUUCUUACUUGCUAUGGGAAGUGUGGUGAAAUGGAUGAUUGUGAAAAAAUAUUUUCCAGAAUGCUUGACAGGAGAGAUGAUAUGAGUUGGAACUCUAUGAUUUGUGGGUACAUACACAACGAGCUCCUAUCGAAGGCCAUGGAUUUGAUUUGGCUUAUGUUGCAUAACGGUCAGAGGUUAGACUGUUUCACCCUCUCUACCGUUCUAAGUGCGUGUGCCUCAGUGGCAACACUGGAGCGUGGCAUGGAAGUCCACGCUUGUGGGGUCCGAGCUUGUUUGGAAUCAGACGUUGUUGUUGGGAGUGCCCUAGUUGACAUGUACGCCAAAUGUGGCCGAAUAGAUUAUGCCUCAAAAUUUUUUAAACUAAUGCCACAAAGAAAUGUGUAUUCAUGGAAUUCUAUGAUAUCCGGUUAUGCAAGGCACGGAUGUGGACACGAAGCACUAGAGGUUUUUGAAAAAAUGAAGGCGGAAGGUCAACCGCCAGACCAUGUCACUUUUGUUGGUGUCUUGUCAGCUUGUAGCCACAUAGGAUUAGUUGAUCAAGGAUUUGAUUAUUUUGAAUCAAUGAAAAGUGAUUAUCAUUUGCCCCCACGGAUUGAGCAUUUCUCUUGCAUGGUUGAUCUCCUCGGGAGAGCAGGUGAGCUAGAUAAGAUUGAGAGCUUCAUCCAAAGAAUGCCAAUAAGGCCCAAUGCCCUCAUUUGGAGGACAGUUCUCGGGGCGUGCAGUCGAGUUGGCAGUCGUAAAAAAGAUCUUGGUAGGAAGGCUGCACAAAUGCUUAUGGAAUUGGAACCACAAAAUGCAGUGAACUAUGUACUUCUUGCCAACAUGCAUGCUUCUGGUGGAAAGUGGGAAGACGUUGCAGAGGCCCGGCAUGCCAUGCAGGAAGCAGAAGCCAGGAAAGAAAAAGGGUGCAGUUGGGUGAGCAUGAAAGAUGGUGUUCAUGUUUUUGUCGCGGGUGACAGAUCACAUCCAGAUACAGAUGCAAUAUAUGAAAACCUCAGGGACUUGCACAGAAAGAUGAAGGCUGCAGGGUACGUGGCGCAGAUAAAGUUUGCAUUGUAUGAUCUUGAUCUUGAGAACAAGGAAGAACUGCUGAGCUAUCAUAGCGAGAGGAUCGCGAUUGCUUUUAUUCUCACGCGCCCAAAAUCAGAACUCCCUAUUAGAAUAAUGAAAAAUCUCCGUGUUUGUGGGGACUGUCAUUCUGCUUUCAAGUACAUAUCCCAGAUUGUGGGACGGAAAAUCGUGCUCCGAGACUCAAUCAGGUUUCAUCAUUUUGCUGAUGGGAAGUGCUCUUGUAAUGAUUACUGGUGAUCCAGUUUUGAAAUGAAGAAGAGGUGACAAGGAGAAAACAAUGAUGAAGAAUGGAGCCUAGAUGCACUCAAAUUAUGCUCUACUGGCCAAACAAGAAAUGUCCCAGAGUAUGCUCUGCUGAACUCAAGUAGGUUAAAAAUCAAAAGUGGUAUUUAGCUCAAGCUAUCCUCUGCAUGUGUAGAUGACGACGACGACGAUGAUGAUGACGAUGAUGAUGACAAGCAAGCCCACAAUUUACUCUUGCAAUGACAAUUCGAUCACAUACUAUACUUGUGUUUCUUCCGGUUUAUACCGUCCUUUUCCCACUGAAAUGGAAAAAUGUCUGGUUGAGCUCAAUGCUGUAAAUCUAUCACGGUGGAUGAAGAACAAGACGGAGGCAAGCCCCAGCGAUGGCAGCGACCGGCUCCUAAGGUUUAGGACAUCGUCGGUGAUCCCGCGUAGCAUGCGUUUCAGAUUCAGUCCAUCACACAGAUGAUAUUUGAAGCGAAAUUCAUUACAAAUGCUAUCUCAAAGGAGGAGUUGCAGGUCCAAAAUUAGUUCCCAGGACGGUUUGACUAUUCUUUUGUAGGGUGGCAAAGAGUUCAUUCAAGCCCAAAAGAUCAUCUUUGGGAUACAUGAUAUACAUCUAUUGCAGUUCCUUUUGAUGAUAUUCCUGAAGAAGGAACAAAUAGUUCAUUACAUCUAGAGAAAAUGUCAAAUGAGGGAGAGGGGUGGGGCAGGGGUAGAAACCGUCAAUUUUAUGAAUGGAGCAUCGUAGGUGUCCCGAUUGAAGUGGUGUAACUUUAACAUUCCUCUGUUUUAAAAUGUCUCUUAUUUAUGCUACUCUUUCAGUCUCUCUCAAACAAGACGCUGGAGAACCUCUCGAGAGCAGACUACUGGGCAAAUGCUCCAAAUGGUUGCUCUGUAUCUGAAGAUUGUCAUUAUGGUUAUGGUUUUGCAAUUGUGAAAUUUGUACUAAAUAGGACUAAAACAU